AAGUUGGAAGAAACUCUCUCUCUCUCUCUCUCUCUCUCUCUCUCGUGCAGAGGAAUUUGGAAGAAAUUCAAAAGAAAAUGCCGAAGCAGAUGCUUGUCUGCUGCACGCUCUUCAUAUCAGAAAGCCGCAACCCAGCAGCACUGGAAUCGAUCGAGCGAGCUGCCAAGCUAUUCCCGGAAGUUCCCAUCAUCAACAACUUCCCAGACGACUCCUACAACCGAGUCCGUUACACGCUCGUCUCCCAUUUCACGACUGACCCAUCAAAUCCCUCUCCCCUCAGAAAUGCCGUGUUUUCAAUGGUCGAAGCGGCUCUCGACGCAAUCGAUCUUGAACUGCACUCCGGGACUCAUCCACGUAUAGGAGUCGUCGAUCACAUCUGCUUCCACCCUCUCUCUCAGGCUUCGCUGGAUCAAGCAGCCCACCUUGCCAAUUCUGUCGCAGCCGAUAUAGGACUUAAGCUUGGAGUUCCUGUGUUUCUAUAUGGAGCAGCAGAUGAACGAGGGAGGACCCUUGAUUCAAUCAGAAGAGAAUUGGGUUACUACAAGCCCAAUGCCAUUGGCAACCAGUGGUCAGGUGGGGUAGAACCUGAGUCCUUGCAGCUAGAGCCAGACAUUGGCCCUUCUCAAGCGGCUCGGUCCAAAGGUGUUGCAAUUGUUGGUGCAACGCAAUGGGUUGCCACUUACAAUGUGCCCAUUUCAUCAACUGACAUUGCUGGUGUCCGUAGGAUUGCUAGACAGGUGAGCAGUCGAGGAGGUGGGCUUGCAUCAGUGGAAGCGAUAGCACUUGCCCAUGGUGAGGACACAAUUGAAGUGGCAUGUAAUCUGUUGGAUCCAAGUCGAGUGGGAGCUGAUCAAGUUCAGCUGGAAGUUGAGCGGCUCGCAAGGGAAGAGGGAAUGAAGGUAGGGAAUGGUUAUUUUACUGAUCUAUCACCCGAAGAGAUCAUUGAAAAUUAUUUGAAAUUGGGUUUUCUUGAUUAAGCAACAUCGCAAUUGGAGUAAUUCAAUUGAGCUUUUAUGUGUGUGUAUGUGAAGAAUUAUCCACAUACUUCUGUCAUUCGAUUAGAGUUUACAUUUAGUAGGUAUAUUUGGUUUCCAUUGUA